AUGAAGUUUCCAAAGCAAGUAUAUCUAGGGAAAUCUGGCCUAAAAAUCUCCCCCAUUGUUGUAGGGUGCAUGUCUUAUGGCUCAAAGAAGUGGGCAGAUUGGGUGAUUGAAGAGAAAGAAGAAGUUUUUAAACUUCUAAAGUACUGUUACGACCAUGGACUGCGAACUUUUGACACCGCCGACGUCUAUAGCAAUGGUGAAAGCGAGAUAUUGCUCGGAGAAUUUUUAAAACAGUACAAAAUCGAUAGAGAGACUGUUGUGAUUUUAUCAAAGGUAUUUUGUCCUGUUAGAGAGGGCCUUCUCCUUUCAAGUAGAGUGUCGGCUGUCAACGAGAAGAUAGAGCUUGACAUGUGCAACCAAAAGGGAUUGUCGCGCAAGCAUAUUUUGGACGGAGUUUCGAAAUCCGUCGCUCGCUUGGGUACGUAUAUUGACGUACUUCAGAUUCACCGGCUAGAUCGCGAAACUCCUAUGGAAGAAAUAAUGAAGGCUCUAAACGAUAUAGUUGAGCGUGGGGAUGCUCUUUACAUUGGUGCUUCUUCCAUGCGAGCGACAGAGUUGGCUGAGCUGCAAUUUAUUGCUGAAAAGCAUAACUGGACGAAAUUUAUAAGCUCGCAAUCCUGCUACAAUCUACUUUUGAGAGAAGAUGAAAAAGAAGUCAUCCCCUUCACACAAAAGCAUGGCAUUGGCCUCAUCCCAUGGUCUCCAAACGCUCGUGGCCUGUUAACUAGACCACAUGGGGUUGAGACCGGGCGGUCCCAAACGGAUAAUGGGUUAUAUUCUAUUGGUCUGGACAAGCUGGGUGAAAGUGACAUUGAGAUCAUUCAACGCGUUCAGCAACUUUCAGAACAAAAGAAGGUAUCCAUGGCUGCUAUUGCGACCGCAUGGGUUAUGAGUAAGGGUUGCAAUCCUAUUCUGGGGCUCAGCUCGAUUGAAAGGAUCGACCAAGCACUGAAGGCUCUCGAGACGCAGUUAACUGAGGAAGAAAAGCAGUUCUUAGAAGAACCUUAUCAGACGAAGAAGUUGAUCAUCUGA